AUGUGUGAGAGAUAUCCUGGUUAUUUAUUUGGCGGAACUCCUGUCAGCAGUUGGGACAGGAGUUUCAAUUCAUUGGAAAAUCAAAUUCAACAACAGUACAGAGGUCGCGCGGGCGCUGGCGCUCGGUGUUGGGGUAGUAUGUCUGAAGGAGGAGGGGUAUCUGCUGCCGGGGGUGACUCGUGCAAGACAAACCUCAUAGUCAACUAUCUGCCACAAACGAUGACUGAAAAGGACCUGUACGCAAUGUUCAUGACCAUUGGACCAAUUGAAAGCUGUCGUGUUAUGAAGGACUUUAAGACUGGAUACAGCUACGGGUUCGGAUUUGUUAAUUUUACGCGAGAGGAGGACGCUGCAAGGGCUAUUGAUACAUUUAAUGGAUACCAGCUUAGAAAUAAACGAUUAAAGGUGUCAUACGCCCGUCCAUCAGGCGAUGACAUAAAGGAUACAAACUUGUAUGUAACGAAUCUCCCGCGGGCUAUUACGGAAGAACAGUUGGAGACUAUAUUCGGCAAAUACGGGAGGAUAGUGCAAAAGCAUAUACUCAGAGACAAGAGCAACGGAACGCCCAGGGGUGUCGCAUUUGUCAGAUUCGACAAACGCGAGGAGGCGCAAGAAGCGAUUGCGGCGUUAAACAACGUGAUACCAGAAGGAGGUACUGAGCCACUAAGUGUUAAGGUGGCUGAAGAGCAUGGUAAGCAGAAAGCCGCUUACUACGCAGGAUGGGCAGCGGGGUUUCAUCAUAACCGAGGUGAGGAGCCCAGAAGCGAUUACGCGUGGACCUGUGGUAAUUGUAUGAUCACGGAUCCGUGGGAGAGGUACUCUUCUCCACCUUUACCCGGUAGUCACCCUACAACACCUCGGAACGGAUGUAGACCCGGAGUUUGUGUCAACAACCGAGUCUACCCGAAUUAUACAACAAAGGGAAAUCCCCGACCGAACAGGGGUAGAAAUCUCCCGUGGGCUCCAAAUUUUGCAAACGAGGAGCGUUAUAAAGGCCAAAGAUGCAGAAACGGACCGACGCCAUAUUGGUAA